UUCUGUCCGGCGGAGUCGCUGCCCACGGCCGCCCCACCGGUGCGGCGGGCAGCAAAGGAAGGUCUCACUGCCUUGGCGAGUCGCCCGUGGCACGGACGGCUCCCGAUGCUGCGGUGGCUGAUUGGCGGCGGCCGGGAGCCGCAGGGCCUGGCAGAGAAAUCAUCGAUACAGACAAUUGGUGAAGAACAAAUACAGAAUCCUUACACGGAGCUCCUUGUGUUGAAAGGUCAUCAAGAUAUAGUGCGAUUUCUAGUGCAAAUAGAUGCCUGCAGAUUUGCAUCUGCAGGAGACGAUGGAAUUGUAUUUCUGUGGAAUGCUCAGACUGGAGAAAAACUUCUUGAACUUCAUGGACACACACAAAAAAUUACAGCUAUAGCACCAUUUUCUUCAUCAGAUGCUUCUGAAGAAAAGAAACAUUUAAUUUUAACAGCAUCAGCUGACAGAACAGUUAUUGUUUGGGACUGCAGUACUGGUAGACAGGUUCAGAAAGUGUCAUGUUUCCAUUCUACUGUAAAGUGUUUGACAGUUCUUCAAAGAUUGGAUGUAUGGUUGUCUGGAGGGAGUGAUCUAUGUGUUUGGAACCGAAAAUUAGAUCUCUUGUGUAAGACCAGUCAUCUUACUGAUGCAGGUAUCAGUGCUUUGGUUGAGUUGCCUAAAAAUUGUGUUGCGACAGCUGUUGGCAAAGAGCUAAUAAUUUUUAGGUUAAUUGCUUCUGAUGACGAAUCUGAAGGCUGGAAUGUCCAGGAAGUAAAACGCCUUGUUGACCAUCAAGAUAACAUUUUGUCGUUAGUCAGUGUCAAUGACUUGACUUUUGUGACAGGUUCUCAUGUGGGUGAGUUAAUCGUUUGGGAUGCACUUGACUGGACAAAGCAGGCAUCUGAGUGCAACUUCUGGGACUCUGCUGUCCAUCCAGAUGUACAGCCAGAAAUAAAGUUAUCUCAAACUCCCAAUGAAACUUCCGUUCAACACUUAACAUCUGAUGAGGAGUGUGUGUUUGCUGCUGUUGGGAAAGGCAUAUAUGUAUAUAAUCUCCAAAUGAAGCGUGUAAUUGCCAGCCAGAGAAAUGCUCAUGAGUCCUCGGUGCUGCACAUUGAGAAGCUUCCCAACAGGCAGCUGAUCUCCUGUUCAGAAGAUGGCAGUGUGCGUAUCUGGGAGCUCCGAGAAAAGCAGCAGCUACCAGCUGAACCAGUCCCAACAGGUUUUUUCAACAUGUGGGGAUUUGGAAGAGCAAACCGGCAGGCAAACCAAGCUGCUAAGAAGGUGCAAGAGAAUACACCUAUGUAUUUCCUUGAGCUAGUUGGUGAUUUAAUUGGUCAUUCGUCAGCUGUGCAGAUGUUCCUGUACUUUGGUGAGCUAGGACUGGCUACGUGCUCUGCUGACCACCUCAUCAUUUUGUGGAAGGAUGGCGAACGAGAAUCUCGACUCCGCAGUUUAACACUGUUUCAGAAACUGGCACAAAGUGGUGACUUGCCACAGCUCAAAUUUUGAACUGCUUGAGUACAGGCUGCAGUAUAUAUAAACUUGUGUAUGUGUGUUAAAUGUGAAUGCAGAGGAACAUCUGAACAACUGGGAAUAUGACUACCAGUAAGAAUGUCACCUGGUGUGCUGGAGUUUUUAUUAGUUGCUACUACUCUUCUCGAGAAUUUUGCAUGUUGAAUUUUACUUGUCUUGCUCUGUAAGCAGAAGUGACCUUGUCUUGAAAGACUGAAGGUAAUGAUGAUUCAUUGAAUGGUUUCUAAUACUAUAUAAGUGUUUAAAACCAGCAAGGGUGGGAGUCAAAGUUUUGUGAAAAUCCUUAAAUGGGUUGUAGCUACAGCAGUCGGGGGCAUUCCAGAGUGUUACAUGCAGAACAGAGGCACAGAAAAAAACCUGAGGCUUCCUGUUUCAUCUAAUUUAUUUCUUGAAGCUAAACUUGAGUCACUGAUGGCUCGAAUUUGCCUAUCUACAAAAAGAAACAGUCCUCAGUAGAAUUUUUGCGUUUGAAGUUACUGUCCUGCACCAAGAGCAAGAGAGAGAAAAAGUGGGCAAUACCUGUUUGUCAGUUUUUAAUUUGUGGCAAAGCAAGGUAUAUAUAGAGGCUCCUUACUCACAGUAUCUGUAGUUUUUCUGUGGCUUAACCUACAGUACUGGAGUUGCUUGAGCACUGUUACCAUAUCUAACAUCAAGUGUGAUUGGUUUAGUCUUCCCCUACCACAUUCAUCAAAUUCGUUUUUAUCCAAUAAAAAGUACUGAACUUAACAUGGAUUUUCAGAAUGUAAAAUACUUUCUUAAGCAGUAGUUUAAUAAUGCCAAAAUACUUUUACCAGAUGAAUAUUAAAUUCUCAGACUAAGUUUGACUGUGGAGCAAUCCACACCAAGUUUGUAAAGAUAAAUAAUAUUUUUGAGUUUAAAGAAACCUAAAUACAACAUGUCUGAGAUAGCAGCAGUAAUCUACAAGCUAUACAGAAGUAGGGAAAAACCCCUAAACUAAAACUUUAAAAGCAAAGCAGGAAAACACCCCAAAAGGAAAAAAAAUCCAACCAAAACCCAAAAAACAAGCCCAGCAAACCCAAAGACCAAAGUUGAACUAAUUAUUCCUUCCUCCCUCUCACAUUCUCUGUUACAAGUGCUAAGUUAUGAUUUGAACAGAGAAGAGCAAGGGAAGAGAGGAGUCUUGCCAUUUAAUGACAAAUUGUGUGCUGGCUUAGUGUUUGCUCUCACAUGUGACACCACACCCAUCCCCAAGCCUGCAACCAGAAGAGGAAGCUUCUUAUGUUACGGUAUGAACUUCGAGCCCUAUGAUACUUUGCUUCAGCCAGCACUUUCAUUUUAAAGCUGGCAUGACAUCAGAAUGGUAUUGAAUACUCACCAACAGAUUUGAUUGACUAAACCCAUGACAAAGCCAUGUAGACAAACGUGGUGCUAUCUCAGAUGAUGCAACAUGCAAACACUUUAGCAGUGAGUCUCAUGCAAUUUUUCACUGCCAUCUCUUGCAUUUGAAUCAAUGGGAACUGUUUUCAGUACAGGAACCUAGAGAGCUGUCAUUCUGGACUUAAGAUCCAAUGACUGCAGUAAAUGCAAUUAAAAGGGCGGGCUAUGCAGAUCCUCACAAGAGCAGGUGCAGACAGAGGAAGCUUCAGCUUCCUAGAGUACACCCAAGGAGCCUUUUAGAGUUGUUUCCCUGAACCCCUGUGGGCACUUUCCUUCUCUUUUGCACCCAAGACCCAAGUUUUGCCUCUUUAGGCUGACUAUAAUCUUCCCUGGAAGGCAGGGCAGAGGGACAGUAAAAUUUUGACCUCAGAAUGAUGUAUUUCAAAACUGAAGAAAUCAUCGUAUCUCCCUCUCACUUCAGGAAGGUUAAAUCUGUGUUAAAUCUUGAGCUGCUUGUUCUUUGCUCUGGGUGGCUAUUCUGAAGACCAGCAUAUAAGAAAGGUGUUUGGAUUAUGGUUGAUACCAUCCUUUGGGUAUAUGGUAUUAAACCCAGGGGAGGAAGGCAUGUUAAGCCUUUCUGUCAGUCUGCAUUGUUUCAGUUUGUCUUCAUCAGCAAGUGCUGAGUUCUUUUUUUCCUAGUUGUAUAUAAAGCAUGUGUUUGCACAUCAUUACUAUAGUUCUACAGCAACAGCUUAUGAAACUUUUUUUUUUUUGAAGGCUACUACUAAGGGUCAGUUAUAGAGAGAAAAAACAUUGUAUUUUUAUAACCUCUUCUUCCACCAUGACAACAACUAUUUAAUUUGUAUGUGUGUAGUUUUAAGACAAAGAGGCCUAUUUACCUGAACAGUUCUAGUCACAAAACUCACUAUGGAUUUUACAGGGAUGUAAUUCAGGCUAAAAUAGUCCUACAUACAUGUGUAAAUGUUUAUAUCUAUCAAACGUGCCAUUGUUCUCAGAUACACUUUGUUCAUAAUAAAUCUCCCAAGAGUCUCUCUCUUUAAAGAUUUUAAACUAUUAAA